GAAAGAGCGACCGAGGAUCAGCGUCCCGCCCCCGUGACACUGACACACUGCCAGCAAAGAUACCUCCUAGGACUGAGGUGCGCACAUCAUUCUUGACCGCGUGCGAAUCGGACGACAUUAUCCGCCCGCUGCCCCGUCUGAUACCUUACCUUACUGUACCGGACGCACCUGGCCUGGCCAGUACGAGCUCGCGUGCGGCGUGCGAUCCUCACCUUCACGCGAGCGCGGGACGCAUCUAGGCAUCAUCGCGCCGCUUAUCAGAUCCUGCCCGGCUUCAGGCCUUAGCUGCUAGUCCGCUACCACACCCGGGCAUUUUCCCUCCGACUUUCGGCAGUCAGUUGGUAUUCGACUGAUGGGCGCAAUCCUUCUUUAUCGAUCUGAUCUAAUCUUCGAUAUUUCGUCGUGAAGGAGCAUCAGAUACGCUGAGUGCACCGAGGCCAUCAGCACACAGUCUUCGUCCAGGCCUCAUAUUGUAUGCUCGACCCUCCACAACAUGGUCUCCACGAAGGUGCUUGCGAGCUGCCUGCUGAGCUCGCUCGCUGGCCGUUGCCUCGCUCAAGUGACACGCACAUUCGACUGGAACAUCACUUGGGUGAUGCGCAAUCCUGAUGGCAUGCACAACAGACCUGUCAUUGGCAUCAACGGAGAAUGGCCAAUUCCAGCCAUCAACAUCACGAAGGGCGACCGUGUCGUAGUCAACGUUAACAACCAGCUCGGGAACCAAAGCACUAGUCUUCACUUUCACGGCUUAUUUCAGAAUGGCACGAACGAGAUGGACGGGCCUGUGGGCGUGACUCAAUGCGACGUGCCACCAGGAUCCACAUUCACCUACAAUUUCACUAUCGACCAGCCCGGCACAUAUUGGUAUCACUCUCACAGCCGAGGACAGUAUCCCGAUGGUCUGCGCGGUCAGUUCGUUGUGAACGACCCCGAGAAUCCAUACCUUGGCCAAUACGACGAAGAAAUUGGUCUCACCCUCUCGGACUGGUAUCAUGAUCAGAUGCCCGGUCUUCUGGACUGGUUCAUCAGUGUGGCCAAUCCCACUGGCGCGGAGCCGGUGCCAAAAGCAGCUCUGAUGAACGAUACGCAAAACUUGACCAUCGCCGUCGAACCCGGCAAGACGUACUUCUUCCGUCUCAGCAAUGUUGGCGCGUUCGCUAGUCAGUAUUUCUGGAUUGAAGGCCACACCAUGAGAAUCAUCGAGGUCGAUGGCGUGUACACUGAGCCUGCCGACGCGGAGAUGAUCUACGUCACAGCAGCACAGCGCUAUGGCUUCCUUGUCACCACCAAGAACGAUACCACUGCUGGCAACUUCGCUGUGGUCGGAUCCAUGGACACAGAUCUGUUCGAUGCGAUUCCUGGAGAUCUCAGAACUAACGUUACUGGUUGGUUGGUGUAUGAUGAUUCCAAGGACAAGCCGGAGCCUGCCUUGCUUGACAGUUUUGAUGCGCAGUUCGAUGACUUCGACCUCGUUCCCCAGGACCAAAUGGAGAUCCUGGACGCUGUCGACUACUCAUUCAACCUGGACCUGUCGAUGAACAACCUCGGCGACGGUGCAAACUACGCAUGGUUCAAUGAUAUUACCUAUGUUCGCCCCAAGGUACCAACACUGUACAGUGCUCUGACCACGGGAGAGUACGCGAACAAUGCCACUGUGUAUGGGCGCGACACGAAUUCAUUCGUCCUCAACAAGAACGAUGUGAUCGAGAUUAUCCUGAACAACCUCGACCCUGGCAAACAUCCGUUCCACUUGCACGGCCACAACUUCCAGGUCGUCUACCGAAGUCCAGAUGAAUGGGGCAACUACGAUUCGAACAACCACACAGCGUUUCCUUCACGUCCGAUGCGACGUGAUACGUUCUGGGUUAGGCCCAACGGUAACUUUGUCAUCAGGUUCCGAGCUGACAACCCGGGCAUCUGGCUCUUCCACUGUCACCUUGAGUGGCAUUUAGCCAGUGGACUUGUUGCCACCAUGGUUGAAGCUCCCCUUGAGCUGCAGAAGACGCUCACGAUUCCACCAGACCACUACGCGGCAUGCGCAGCAGCAGCCAGUCCAACGCCCACAGCCGGAAACGCCGCAGCCAAUACCAAGGACGUGCUCGACCUCACAGGUCAGAAUCUAAGCAUCGCACCCUUGCCAGCAGGCUUCACAGCGCGCGGCAUUGUCGCCCUUGUGUUCAGUUGCAUAGCAGCGGUCCUCGGAAUGGCGGUGAUUGCCUGGUAUGGAGCCGCACCGCUCUCAGCGACAGAGAUGGCGCACACCCGCGCCUUUGUUGCCAGGGCAGGUAGUGGCACGACAUGAGUCAAGAGCAUGUGACGAGAAGUUGUCUAGAGUACGAGAGAUACGAACUCACAUCCCCCAUCGGGGAUGAACAAUAUUUAUUGCUACGAAUGUGGCGAUAGCGAUGUGAAAUAUGAGAAGCUUUUAAAUUUUUCGACUGGGUCAAUGUUUUCCGUUUUCAGGAGGGGGGGGCAUGCAUGCCAGGUGAGACGGGGAGGGUUCCAAGAUCGAUCUAGUGUUUUGCCUGAGGUUGUAACAGGUUGGUAGUACCAGAUUCUACUUGAGACGAAACCCCCUACCCGAUACAGCAGACCAAAGCAUCACUUGGGUAAGAGUAUGACG